AUGUUGAAAUCCAGGCAAGCCUUGAACAUCAAGGCAAAAUCCAACAGGAGUCUCUCCACGCCGCUACCGGCCACCGCGAUCGAAAAAGACGACAGUGGUUCACCUUCUAAUACGGACCCCAGUUCUGAGGCCAAGAACAAAGACUCAACACAACCGCAACAAGAUGCAGCGCCACCAAAUGGUGGUUAUGGAUGGGUUUGCACGUUCUGUGUUGCCCUUAUCAAUGCGCAUACCUGGGGCCUCAACUCCUCCUACGGUGUGUUCCUUGCCCAUUACCUGAGAACGGAAACGUACCCCGGGGCAACAUAUCUUGAAUAUGCCUUUGUGGGUGGCCUUUCUAUAUCGCUUGCGAUGUUGAUCUCCCCGAUGGCGACUCUAUUGACCAGAAAAUAUGGAACUCGUUUGACACUGGUCGCUGGCGCAGUGCUACAGUCUGCUGGUCUCAUCGGGGCAUCAUUUGCUACCAGUAUAUGGCAACUGUUUCUUAGUCAAGGAGUAGCCUUCGGAUUCGGUAUGGGCUUGCUCUUCGUCGCGUCAGUGGGCAUUCCGCCACAGUGGUUCACUACCAAACGAUCCCUAGCCAACGGUAUCGCUUCCUCUGGCUCAGGAUUUGGCGGUCUCUUAUACUCUCUAGCAGUUGGAGCCAUGAUCAAGUCCAUUGGAUUAGCCUGGUGUUUUCGAGUGCUCGGGAUUCUGGCGUUCAGUGUUAACACUAUCUGUGCUCUCCUCAUUCGCGAUCGCAACAAAAUUAUUGGGUCGCGACAAAAGACUCUGGAUGUCAAGCUUAUCAUACGACCGGAGUUUAUCCUUUUGUGUGCUUAUGGCUUCUUCUCGAUGCUUGGCUACAUUGCACUGGUUUUUUCCUUGGCCGACUACGCAAGGAGCAUAGGUUUGAACAACUCGCAAGCUUCCCUCAUCUCUGCCCUAUUGAAUCUGGGCCAGGGAAUCGGGAGGCCACCGGUCGGAUAUUUCUCCGACGGCUUUGGGCGGAUCAACAUGGCCGGAUCGGCUACCUUCCUGUGUGGGCUCUUCGCAUUGGUCAUCUGGUGUUUCGCGAAAAGCUUCGGUGUGCUCAUGUUCUUCGCGCUUAUUGGUGGCACCGUAGCUGGUACGUUCUGGGCGACUGUUGGUCCAGUUACGGUUGAAGUAGUUGGCCUUCAAGACCUGCCUUCUGCACUUAAUCUCGAGUGGCUAGUUACUGUGUUGCCAUGUACCUUCAGUGAGCCCAUAGCACUCGAGAUGGUAUCGGGCACCGGAGGUUACCUGGGCACAAUACUCUUUGUUGGCUUCAUGUAUAUCGCGGCAGCUGCGAGUGCAUUACUGCUACAAGGGUGGAAGAUCGGCGAAUUGGACGAAAUUGCAAGACUGACAAAUGAGAAACAGCUAGGCAUGCACACUAUUGGAACUGAUAAAGAGUCUACUGGGGAGGCGGCGAGAAAGAAGGGGAGAGGAGUAAUGGUGAAGAACAUUUGGAAAUGGCGCAAGGUGUAG